GUGAGAAUAAUUUAGGACUUGCAAGACAGCUGAACGGAAUAAACAACCCAAAGAAGCGUCGGCAUACAUUUUUGGAUCGACAGGAUGCGACCUUGUUUCGAAUGACAUGGUCACCUAGCUACGAAUAGUGAGGUCAAGGUCACCCUAAAUAUUCAAUUUCGAACAAGUUGCUGAUCCAUUGACAGAUAUUCACAGAACUGUAAACUUCACCAACAAUGAUGUUUGCACUUUUGGUAACUUCGUGCUUCGUUAUCAUUGCAUCCAUUGUGUUAUGCUCAUGUGUAGCAUCAGCGAACACCACAUUGAGCCAUACGACAACAAGGGCCUUUAAUUCUACACUUCAACCAACAACCAUGAAUAACACAGUAACUACACAGAAUAUAACGACAGUAACAGUUCCUUCACGUUCCGUCUCGAAUGGCAAAUUUGCCAAUUAUACAGCGAAUGACUCAGACGGGAAUUCAUCUACAACUCGUUCAGGUUCAGUGUCAGCUGUCGAGAACGCUAGUGUUACAUUCGAAAACCAAACUGAAUCCCCAAUUGAAGAUCUGGAUUCACCUAACAAUAGCUAUGUAAUACUUUGCGAUACAAGCCGAACUGAUAUUAAAUAUUUGUUUGAGUUAUACUCUUAUUGUAAAAGUUUUAUUCCUGUUGUUGCACAAAGAUGCAUUGCAGAUGCGAGAAUUUGUAUCGAUAAUAACAAAGAAAAGUUCCAAGAAGAAAUAGAUAAAGCAGAAACAACUGAUGAUUUCAUCGAGGCUAAAAUUUCUGCGGCCAUAAUGCGUUACUUUUCUCCAGUGCUCAUCAUCAUAGGAACAGUAAUGAACGUCCUCGCCUUUCUCGUUUUGACUCUAACUAAACUACGAGAAAUGAGCUCAAGCAUGUAUCUGAUAACCCUAAGUGUCACAGAUACCCUAAAUCUGACACUGAUGCUGAUGCGCGAUUGGAUCAAGGCCUUAUGGAAUAUAGAUUAUCGAAAGAGCCAUGUCGUAUUGUGCAAGGGGGGUUAUUUCUUAGCAUAUUACGUCUCGCAUCUGUCAGCUUGGCUCUUGGUGGCGGUUACAGUUGAACGGCUCGUAACUGUUUAUUUGCCCCUUAAAGCAAAACUUAUCUGUACCAGGAGGAAGGCUGGUAUUGUCAUCCUGAUUAUCACGCUAUAUUUCCUCCUGCUUGAUGGUUACCUACUUUGGUUAAGCGGACCAUAUGAACCAGACACAGACGAACCGACUCUUUGUCAUGAGUUCAUAGCCCCAGAACAAGAAUUUUUUCGAUUAAAGGUAUGGCCUUGGUUGGACAUGUCUAUCGCGGCUAUUCUGCCUUUCAUCAUUCUUCUUACGUGUAACAUCUUGAUCAUCGUAAACCUUACUAGGGCCGCCAGGUGGCGCAAGGCGUCGAAUACAGGCGCAUCUGCAAAACAAGAUGAUAAUACCAAUUCAAUGACGGCAAUGUUGCUGGCCAUAAGUUUCAUCUUUGUUCUUCUUACCCUACCCGUAACCAUUUACUUUAUUAUGACGAGUAUACAAGAUGUAAAUACAGAUUCUGAAGACUUUCACGAAUUUGCAAAGCUUCGUCUAGCACAUACCGUAACAAAGCAGUUAUUUUUCAUUAACUGCGCUAUAAACUUCUUGUUGUAUUGCACAGCCGGGAAGCGCUUUAGGAUGGAACUUGUAAAUCUGUUCUGCGGUACGAAGGAUUCGACUGCCCCUUCUACAAGGAUCACGUAUGCCUCGCGACAGAGCAGCAACUCUGGUAUUGCGCUGAAUAAUUCCUCUCUAAAGCACUACAAGACAACCAAUGGGGAAGCUACAAAAGAACAUUCAGAAAAAUUUUAAAUGACUAGCUAAUUUGUAACAUUGUUUUUAUAAAGAAUCGGUUAUACUUGUAGUGCAAAUAAUUUGAUAGCCUUCGGGGUAUUUUUGAUUGUUCAUUCCAAUACAUAGAACAAUAUCCAGACCUGUCAACAUCCCGUUUUUUAUUUUAGGUUGACAGGUCUGUAUCUUCAACAUAAGUGUUUUGAAAAAUUAAAAAUGUCUGUUACUAGACAAUAUUCCCCUCUCAAAAAUGUUGAAAAAGCAUGCUUUGGGUCAUUAAAGAUUGAUAUCUUCCAAACUAGACUUCUAUCAUUCUGAUUUUGAGAUGUUUUAGACCCCUUGUUGAAUAAUGUUUUCAUGCAA